GCAGCGACAAGAGAGAAAACAAAACAAAAAUGGCUAGCCGAAAAGCUCUGAUUAACGUUCACCGGAUCAUUCGCUCCAACGCUGUGGUUGGCCGGAGCUCCGUCGUUCCUGCCGCCGCUAACCGGACAUAUCCUAUUUUCCGGAAUGGAGUUGAUUCGGGGACGAGAUUCUUCUGUGGUAACACUGCGACUGCUCAGAAUUUUGAUAUUGAUCUCUCUAACGAAGAGAAUAAGAGAAGAACGAUCAACAGAUUGUUGUAUAGGAGCAAGCAACGAGGUUUUUUGGAACUUGAUCUUGUUUUGGGGAAUUGGGUUGAGGAGAAUGUUGAUUCCAUGGACGAAAAUGGUGUUAAAUCCCUAAUUCAUGUCCUCAAUUUGGAAAACCCUGAUCUCUGGAAAUGGCUAACUGAACAGGAACAGCCUCCGGAGGCAGUGAGCUCUAAUCCGGUGUUCUCGGCGUUACACGAGAAAGUUAUGAAGAAUCUGAACAAGCAUGCAGCACCAGAGACACGUGCAGCGGCUGGACAGCCCUGGGUCAAAGGCUGGGACGAUUUCAAGAGAGGCCGUGAUGCUCCUAUUUCAGGGAACCAGUAAACAUAAACUCCUCUUUACAGAAGCAACAAACUGAAAAUACGUUAUGAUAUGAAGUAUCUGAAAAUAGAUAUCAAAUCGUAGCAACCAUUACUUUUACUAUUGUAUUAAUAAAGAACCAGGCCGUGA